AUGUUGGUGAGUGAGAGUGCAGUAUCGUCUCAUAUUGGCAUCGAACUUUUAUAUACAGUAUCUUCACUCGCCCUUCAGUUAUGGGACGUAGUGAUUACUUUACAAAGCGAGAUAGAGCAUAUAUGGCCGAAACCUUGGAACUCAUUUUUCAAGUGGUUAUACUUGUCCCUCCGAUAUCUCAGUCUUGCAACACAAAUAUUCCAUCAAUUCGCAGUCCCUUACCUUAACAGCGGGAAAGCUUUAAAAUCAAGCUGUUUUGCAUGGUAUGUGUAUAGUACCCUCAUGGCACAGUUCCAGACAACCGCUGUCGAGAUCAUCUUGGCUGUCCGAGUGUAUGCACUGUUCAAUAGAAGUCGCCACAUCGCUAUCUUAUUGGGGUCGCUGAUGACACUCGAGUAUAUAAUACUCACGAUCGUGAUCAGCGGCUAUUUCGAUAAGAUACCCUCCAUUCCUCAUUGCAUUCUAUCAAAACCACCGUAUCAGUUAAUUUAUCCCGCCAUUGUGGCGGUGGUACUGCAAAGCACACUUCUAGGUCUUGCUCUGACAAAACAUAUACUGGCUAGACGCGCUGGCUGGGGUCGAGCACCACUUGUCUCGCUUUUGAUCAGGGACGGAAUGGCCACGUAUUUUAUAAUAUGUGGUAUGAACUUUGCUUCUGACAUUGCCAUACUUCUGAUGAUUUCGGACGCUCUUAACGUUAUUGCGGUUAGUUGGCUAAUCUCAAUCACAUCAUCAUGCGGCUGUCGACUUAUAGUCAAUAUGCAACGCCUGGCAGUAGCUGAGAAGUUCGUGCCCCACUCUCCUAUUACCUCAGAGAUUGAGAUUGAAUUUUCAUAUCAAUCAAUGUAA